AUGGGGAAGCGGCGGGGCGAGCGGGAGCUGCUGCGCAACCUAAGCAAGAAGCAAAAGAAGCACCUGAGGGAGUUCGGGGAGGAGCACCCUUUCUAUGACAAGGUUUCUGGAAGACCAGAAGCAACUCAAGUCUGUGAACUGUCUGAGAAUUCUGAUAAAUCGAGUGCAGAAAGUGAUUCGGAGACUGAAGUGGAACAGGUCUCUGUAUAUCAUAAGCUCCUGGCUACCUUGAAGACCUCUCCUGAAUCUGAGAGUGAGGAAGAAGAUGAUGAAAGUGAAUCAGAAGAAGAUGGGGAAAGCGAGGCAGAAAUGGACAGUGAAGGGUCCCAGGAAACCGGAGAGGCAGAUGGAGGUGAAGAAGAUAAGAAUGAUGUACCAGAGCAGAAAGAAGAUGUUGUUUCUACAGACACAGCAGAGCAGACGCUUGGUCAGGAGCAGGCUGAUGGCGCAGAUACCUCUUGUGACCCAAGUCAUGAAGUAAUUGAGGAGUUUACUGAUGUGAAACAUGAAUCUGAAUUUAGCUUGGAAACCAAUUUCAUGGAAGAGGAGAGUGGAGAUUGCAAUGCAGAUAAGAGAGACAGCAAUUCUUCACAAGCCUUUUCAGAAGAUCCAUUUAAACAGCACAUGGACAAAGAAUUUGAAGAAAAAGAAAUAGAAAAAAUGUCUACACUUCCUAAAACUUCAAGUCAAAGCAAGUGGCCAAGGCUGGGCCAACUAACUUUUUCUUCUGCUUUGGAGAAACAUAAAACUUUGAAAGCAGACAAAGAAGUGGAUGUGAAACAGCUUUAUCUUCACAAGCCUUUAGAAUCCACUUGGCCAAAAGUGAAUAAACAGUUCCUGUCUUCAGUGAACAAACCAAGCGAUCCCACUUUUACCCCAUUACAAAGAGAGCUCUUCUGUAUCAUGAAUACAUACCGGGACUUGUUCUAUCCAGAAAGAAAUGCUUUAACAAAUGGCGAAGAAAUCCGGCAUGCUUACUGCUUGCAUGCCUUGAACCACAUUCUGAAGGCAAAUGCCCAGGUGCUCAGCAACAAUGCCAAACGAAGAGACCAAAAGCCAGGGACUGACAAUGAUGACUACAGGGAUCAGGGGCUCACUAGACCUAAGGUGCUGAUGAUAGUGCCCUUCAGGGAGUGCGCUUUGCGAAUUGUGCAUAUUUUCAUCAGUCUUCUUGAAGUGAACGACAAAAAAAAAAUAGAUGUAAGUAAUAAAAAGCGCUUCAAAGGGGAGUUUGGCUCUGACCCAGAAGAGAAACCCCCCAACCUGAAAAGACCUGAAGAUUAUGAAGCCGUCUUUGCUGGCAACAUUGAUGACCACUUCAGAAUUGGGGUUGCGAUUCUUCAGAAGAGUAUGAGACUAUAUGCACCAUUUUAUUCGUCGGAUAUCAUCAUUGCCUCUCCCCUGGGUAUGAGGACUAUUAUUGGCGCGGAGGGGGAGAAGAAGAGAGAUUUUGAUUUUCUGUCAUCAAUAGAAGUUCUCAUAAUUGAUCAAGCAGAUAUUUACCUGAUGCAGAAUUGGGAACAUGUUCUGCAUCUGAUGAAGCACAUUAACCUGCUGCCUCUGGAUCCCCACGGGGUGGACUUUUCCCGAGUGCGAAUGCUGAAUCUCAACAACUGGUCCAAGUACUACCGCCAGACGCUGCUGUUCAGCGCUCUUCAGGAUCCCCAGAUUAACUCCAUCUUCAACAAACACUGCUUCAAUUACAUGGGGCGGGUGGCUGUCCGUAACGUACCGCUCAAUGGCUCCAUUAGCCACGUUGUGGUCCAGCUUCCUCAUGUUUUUCGGAGGCUAGAAGCUGAAAACUUAACUUCUGUAAUAGAGACAAGGUUUCAAUUUUUCAUCAACAAAGUUUUGCCUGAGUACCGCGAUGCCAUCAUGUCACACACGCUCAUUUAUGUUCCAUCAUAUUUUGACUACGUUCGUCUUCGAAAUUACUUCAAGAAAGAGGAUCUGAAUUUUACUCACAUCUGUGAGUACACUAAAAAGGCUGGCGUCUGCAGAGCAAGGCGGUUCUUUCUCAAGGGAGAGAAGCAGUUUCUGUUGUUCACUGAGCGCUUCCACUUUUACAAAAGGUAUAUGAUAAAAGGCAUUAGGAACCUCAUUUUCUAUGAGUUACCAACCUACUCCCACUUCUACAGUGAGAUUUGUAAUAUGAUGAAGGCCACAGACAAUGGAGUGGAUGCUACUUGGACCUGUACAGUGCUCUACUCCAAGUAUGAUGCUCAGAAAUUGGCUGCAGUGGUUGGCAUAGAUCGCGCAGCUCAAAUGCUACAGUCCAAGAAAGAUGUGCACCUCUUUGUUACAGGAGAAAAUGAAUAAGUGAUAUUGCAGACUAAACGAUUGGAUGGACCUGGAUUUUACUCCUCAUGCACUUUUUGAUGUUGCUUUUUAAAAAAGUAUUAAACUUUUUACUCCCUUUUACUAUUCUGUUGAAAUUGUUCAUAUAUUAUUAAUUUUUAUAUUUCAGUACUCUGUCUGACAAGAAACGGAGAAUGUCCUUCAAGAAAGCAGGGCUUGGGUGUUUCUUCUUAGAGAAACAAAAUCAAUCCAGAACUGUUACUUGUAUAUUGAAAAACUCACUGGUCUGUAAAGACUGAUG